GUCAACAGGACCCAACUGGCUGCCAUCUUUUACCGACAGGAAAUUUGAGAGAAAGCAUCACUGUAGAAACCCGCAGACAACGUGGACGAGGAAGUCAUCCAAGAAAUGGACACCCAUUCGCAGCCAGCUCAAGCCACCGAGGACUCGGCCGGACCAGAAGAUGAAAUCCGGGCGGCUGAAGCUGAGUUUACUUCCAAACAGGGAGGCACACCGUCCGAUCGUAUGGUAGAUGAGUCACCGGCUGGUGAACAUCCAACCGGCCGUCCUCUAGAUUCGGCUGAUCAGCAACCUCGGAAGAAGCUCAAAUUGACAGAGGCUGAUAAGAAAAGAAACGUCAGGAUGUUUGGGUCACUAAUGGGUACCUUGAGCAAGUUCCAAGACGAAACCUCGAAGAUAAAACAGACCGAUGCGGCAAAACGGCGAGCGGCUGUAGAAAGCAGACUCCAAGCUAAACUAAAGCUUGAAGCCGAAUCACUUCAUCUGUUACGAGCUUGUGAAGUUGAAGAGGCAAAUUUGAAGCAACAAGUCUUGCGCAAGGCGGAUGAACUAGGACAUCUCUCCGAACUCCAUACGAUCAAAUUUGCCAAUAAAUUGGCGUUUUCCCAUUAUUUACGUACUUCUACAUCUAAAUUGACAGACGCUGACCAAAACGAACCACCUUUGACUACCUACGGGCGACCGCGCCACUCAGAACAACCUAUCUUUUGGCUACCGCAUAAGUUGCUGCCAGAACAAAAGGAGUUGAUCGAAACUCAGCGGAGGGAAGUACAGGAAGAAGUUGAAGAACAACGACACCAGUGGGAGGAGGAGCGGCUGGUAAAAGAGGAGGAGCUGGAAAAGAUGCAAGCACACCGAGACACUCGUCUAGCUGAGAUCCAGGCGGAAAAAGCCCAGGCACGAGGGAAUGCAAGCACAGAUCUUAUUCCAGACCCGAACAGCGCAACUGCCUCAUUGAAUGUGACAGCCAAUGAAACUGUUGAGGUGGCCGGAAGACAAACUUGGGAGAUGGGUCAAGACACUCCAGAUGUUGUUAUCGAUAAUGGUAGAGAUGAGGAUGCGGUAGAAUAUUGAAAGUAGAUGGGUCGUUAUUUGAUUUGGAAGGUUACUCCUAUCGUGGUGAGAGACAAACGUAUAUCGAAUGAGCUACCCACCACUUGUUCCCCCCCCCCCCCAAAAAAAAAUCGACUUGUUUUUUUUUUCUAUUGGUUGAUGCUUUUUUCAACCCACAUAAUUUAUCUUCCUCUGUCACCAAAAAGGCUCCCACCCUGGCUUUACAAUUUAGCUCAUUAUGUCAUCAAUCACUCUGGAUCGAUUUUUAUAUCCACAUUUGAAAAUUAGAUUGUUCCAAUCCGUCAAAACCUGUGUAAUGAAUUAACUGUUUUCCAAUUG